GGCCUCGCGGACAUGGGGUGUUCCUUUGAUACCUGCCUAGUUCCAGCCUCCUUUUCCUGAGUUGAAAUAACUCAGUUCAAUUAUUUUCUCCCUUUAGCCAACCCUCUCCAUCCAUCUAUUAUAGUCGGGGGGCCUCAUCCCAACCCAGGCUCGUCUAAGAAAUAUUCCUAAAACACCUUAACACUGAAAAGUAUUUAUUGAGUAAAUUGCAAGGUUGCAGAGGGCAAGGCUAUGACAGAAGAACCUUCUUAUCCAAACGUUUUGAAGGGAACUUGCUAUAUUCUGAUUCUGUGGAAUUUCACGAUUUUCUUGUCUACUUGAUUAUAUAAGCCAAGUUUUAUGCCUUUUAAAUCUGUUUUCCUACUUCGACCUGGAGGAGGAGAGGUUUGCAAAGCAUUUGUUAAAUAUGUGAAUGAAUGCUUUGUAAGUUUACAUAAGAGUUAAGGUCGGGACAAAGUCGACAAGAGCCUUCAACCCUGCCUGUGCUGGCUCUGGGGCUACAUUGAUAAAUAAAGGAGUGGAGGGUGGUGUUAGGGCUUUGUCCUUCUAGCCAUUUUCUGGAGGCUAGGCCAGAGGCCCCUUGAUUCCUGCGGUUCCCUUCCAGGGGGGCAGCUUAGUGAAAACCUUUGCCUCAAGAGUGUGGUGAAAAGGAUCAACCCUCAUACCAUGGUUCCCAACUGUGGAGCCAUCAGUUCACGGGGGAAACAAAGGUUGCCUACAUCAUUAGGUGGCCAUAAUGAAGCUUGGGAAGGCUGUGCACAAGUUGAUCUGAUGGGGGCGGCGGUUGGGUGUGUGUGUGAGAGAUAAAAGGACCGAUGAACAACUGACCGGUCCGAAAACUAAAAAGAAUUAGGUUUGAAAUUUAAUAAUCUUUUUUUUUUCCACUAAGAAAAACAAUUUUCUGUAGUUUUUAAUGUAAAGUAGGAUUUUGUUGCAAAAGAAGAUCUAAGGACCCUUUUGAAGUCACCACCCCAAGACGCAAUCAUGCCUGGGGAAGUAGGGAAAACCGAUAUGGAGAGGAUUGGCCUCUUCAGUGAGAUGGAAUACAUUACCGUGGGAGAUAAAUAUGUGUCACCAUUCAAUCGCCCCUUUAAUGAGGCUGCAAGCAAAAAUAGACAGAUGCUACCCGGGGGAUCGAAGGUAAUGUCCAAUCUCCAGGCUGGGUACUUCGAGCCCCAGUUCACAAGGGUCUUUGAAGGGGAAGGCUAUGUGAGCCUGAACCAAAUAAGGAGGCGGCAUAUGAUGGCAGAAGCCAAGAAAAACCUCGGCAAAGCCUUCGUCCCUAGUAGUGGAGAGAAAAAACCAAGUGGAUUAGGAAGCUAUUAUGGAACAAUUGGUGGCCCUGUCCCAUUCUUCAGUGCACAGAUAAAACCCAGGGACAAAUAUCAGCCACCUGGGAAGAAUUUAUACACCAACCCAGGAAAAAAAGGAACUGGAUAUGGCUAUGCCAAUAUUACCAUAGGCAAGCAGCUUUCACACUCUGCCGACUUAUAUGAUGCUGCCAAACUGAAUUACAAGAAAGAUAAUGAAGAACAUCAUCGGCUACUCAAAGGGGCCCCUUUCAAGUUGAAUCUUCACCCUAAGGAAUAUUUUGAUAAUAACCCUUAUUUUCUGGAGAAUCCUUUACCUCCAUUCAAAAGGGAAGAAAAGAAGGAGUCCCUCUUGAAGCCUUUUAAGCCCUCCUCUCCUGGUAAAAAGGUAAAAGGUUUGGACUGA